CUGUCUUUUUAUAUUAUAUAAAAUAUUUAACAUGGCAAAUUAAACAUAAAACAGCAUUUUCAGCAAAUGCUUCUGCACAGUUACUGUGUGGAAAAUGUUUGACUCAUUUUAAAUGGCAAAAACAAAACCAGGGUUUCAUGAAUGGUCCAAAAUUACACUGAAAGGGAAUACCAUACCCUUAUGUAAUUUUGUUGAAAAAUGAAAAGUGCAUUUUCUUUCAUAUCUGAAUGAAACUGGAUAGAAUUCACCAUGACCAGGAAUUAAGUAAUUGCACUUCCCAUACAAUACAGUGCCUCAAGUGUCUGAAGGGUUGUCCCAAAUCUUUAAAAGAGUAUUUCACCUCCUCCUCUUGUAACUCUGUUUUAAGGAGAAGGGUUACCUUCAAAAACAAGGGGUAGAGCUACAAAAGAUAAAUGGGAUUUGGUCUUAAUUAUAUAGUUACUUACAUUUAACUGCAAAUCACCCUUAAAGGAUGCUUAAAGGAUAAUGCCUUUCCUUUAAGCAUUUAUCAGCAACAUGACUAGUACACUUAUUUUCUUGGGGACGCUUUCUGGUUUUGUCAUUGUCCAGUCUGGGUUUUAUCUGUUCUGUGGAGGUCACUAAAAUUGGUGGAUUGGUAUGAAACUUAAUCUUGCAGAGCUUUCUAGUGGUUCAGUUACUUCUUUUCUGUAAAAGAAUGGGUUUAUUUUAAAAUUAGUAGUUUUAAGUGAUGAAGGCUGUUUUGUUCAUAACCAGGACUUUUAUUUUGAAGGAUCCUAAAUGAGCAUCUUUGUGCUGCGCUACAGUCAGUGGGGGUAGCAGCAGUCUCUCUGGUGGUCCCUAAAAUCGCCCCAGCGAGCAAACCGGGCAAUAAAGACGAAGCACUGGAUUUUUGAGAAGAAUUACGAAACGAGUCCUGGCGGGUCCUCAUCACACGGAGGUCCAGAACCCCCUAAUGCUUUUAUAGUGAAUCAUUUGAAGCUGACAGCACCGCAGUGGGUGUAUUUAUUAUGGCAGGCUGCUUUAACUGUGUUAGAGGGCAGGACUGAGUGAGUUAAUAUAAACCUCAGUCUGUGUUUGUCUCUGUACGUCAGUCUUCACAAGUUCUCCUCACUGGAAGUUAUAGCCGUCAGAUCUUCAGAAAUUCAGAUUUUCCUCCUGCAGUGAAGUGAAACUGAAGAUCAAUGGCUGAGGUACAGAUCCGCUGCUAUGAGGAUGGCGAUGAAAAAGACGUCAAAGAAAUCUUCGCUCUUGGUCUGCAUGGACUGUUGAGGUCCUCCUGCCUACAUGUGCUGAAGCAGCUGCACAUUCAGGUGCUCCUGGUGUGUGUGUUUUGUGCUCUGCUGGCCAGCACCAAGUCCCUUCUUCUGCCCAUACUGGCAGUUACUCUCCUUCUGGCUGCAGGACGACAGGAAAUUUGCCACAUGAUCGACAGCUACAUUGAGAAGAGCAUGAGUGAUGACCUCAGAAACAUCCGUCAGACCUACCUGGAACAGCCCAACUCCUGCCUUUGGGUAGCUGAGUUCCAGGAACAGGUGGUGGGCAUGGUGGCAUGCUGUCCUUCGGAGAGAAAUAAGGCGUGGCUGGAGCUCAAGCGUAUGUCUGUGAGGCACUCACACAGGGGCCAGGGCAUCGCCAAAGCACUGUGCCGAGCUGUGGAGGAAUUUGCCCGAAAACAGAGCUUUCCUGCUGUGGUGCUCUACACAACAGUUGUACAGACGGAUGCUCAGAAGCUGUAUGAGUGCAUGGGUUACAAAAGAGACAGCGGGCAUGUAUCAUCAGUGGUGUCCUCUUGGAUCACCAAAUUCACAGUGUUUGAGUACAUGCUUGACUUGCAGCAUCCAGAAAACUAACCAUUUCUUAAAAAAAAAAAAAAAAAGCAAUGCACUAAUUUUGUACUUUUUAUAACGAUAAUAGGUACAAGUUAACUGUUGUGUAAUCACACAUUAAUGUAAUAUAGAUUUAAAGUCAAUUUAACUUCAAACAGUCAUUCAAUGCUUAUUUGGGUGUGCAGUUUUAAAUUGAAUCUCUUUUUAAAAACACCCUUUGGAUAUUUAUCCUAAUACAUAAAACAAUAUAAUAAUGUAAUAUUUUAUCAUUUGUUUGCAUUUUUACCCAAAAUUUAAUGGCACAUUUACAGUUAGACCAAAAUGCAGCUGCAUAUUUACUCAAAGGUACUAAGAAAAUUGUGCAAUGUUGUUUUAGCAUUUCCCCCUUUUAAAAUGUAAAGGGUCCAAUUAUUAUGUGUUUUUAGGGCCCUAAUAGACAUGCAUCCGCUUGUAUUUUAGAGCAAAUAAUAAUAACCUUUUUCCUGGCUGGAAUAUCAGAAUUAUAUUUGAAUAAUGCCAAGGAGCAUAAAAUUACAAGUAUAUCGCAUUUUACUGAUGUUGUUGCACUGCAGUUUUAUGGAAAUCCAAUACCUAGCUAUGUUCAGACUGCUAGCCCAAAUCAAAUUUUGUGCAUAAUUGUAUUCAGAUUGAUUUUUGAUAGCCUGGACACCCAAAAACUGCAUAAUUUAAAAUGUGAUAACAAUCUGGUUCAUGUCUCAGUCUGGAUGCUCUGGCCAGUUAAUUUUUUUUUUUUAUCUGAUGAUUUACCCUCUCUUAAGAGUUUGAUAACCCUCUCCUUUGUUUCAAUUGACACCUCUCACGUUGGAGCCAUGAUUCAUGUCAGUCCAUUUGGUGCAACAGCUCUCCAAGAUGUGAUCAGUCCUUUUUAAAUGCAGACUAACCAGCAGAUCUAAUUUAAUGCAGGUGUUAGUUUUGGGAAUGACAAUGUACAGGGUGAUUCCAUAAUUCUUUCCUCAGAAUGGAGUGAUUCCAUAAUUUUUUCCCUCUGCUUGGUCUAAAUAAUUAACCGUUACUGACUGCCACAAUUCUUUUUCUUGAUUUAUUAUAGUGUUUCUUAAAGCCAAAAAGUUGUCAUUUGAAAUGACUUUAGUUUUGUCUGUGAUCUGUUUUUUUCUACCAAAUUGAACAACUGAAUGAACAUCCUCCAAGGCAGAUGAUUCCAGAUUUUUUGCCAGGGGUUGUAUAUGUCACUAUUCCUGCAAUUAACACAUUUUUCUGACUGUGUUAUGACCUCAGUAUAGUUGUAGAGUUGGAUAGCUGUGUUUAUGUGGCAUGAGUUCAGAAGGUCACAUGGUUAUACAGAAAAUUUGAGCUUGACUGCCACCGCUAAGAUCUGUGCAUGUGCUUUCUGCUGUCAGUAGUAGCAAUACACUCAACAGAAGAAGUGACUCUUGAGUGACAUCAUUGUGGACACAUCCACAGAGUACACAAAUGAAUUAUUUACUAAUAUUUUUUUACCUGUGUAUGUGUAGAAUUAAUGCAACUUUUUAAUAUCACUUACAUGACUGUAGAACAUAUCACCACUUAUUAUAAACAAAUAAAAAAGUGAAUGAAAAAUGAAAAAAAAAUAAAUAAAAUAAAUAACACAAGGCUUACACUUU